AUUGUAAGGGUAUGAGACAUUAAUAUGCAACACGAAAUGUCUGAUAGUUUUCCUGCCUCGGGAGAUUGGAAGUCAGAAGGGUUUAGACGCAAGGUCGUUCAACAAAUCGAUGAUGCAUUACGGGCUGCAGGGAACCCUGGGAAUAAGUCGAGUCCCGAGAUGGAAAACCAUGUUUUCCAAAGAUCAAAGUCCAGAGAUGACUACCUGGCACUCGUUGCUCGCCUGAUUAUUCACGUAAGAGAAAUAAAUUCUAAAAAAGAGAAGCAGCAACAGCAACAGAUGGCUCCAAAUAUGCUAGGGGGUCCUCAGGGUAUGCAAGACCCCUUGAAUGCUUUACAGAACCCACUGAAUGCGCUCCAGAGUAUGAGUAAGGCAGGGAUGCCCCCUGGACUACAGGGCCAACAGCUACAGGGACCUCCUCAAGGCAUGAUGGGAGGUAUGCCCGCUGGUAAUCAAAUGGUGCGUCCUGGAAUGGUGGGGAUGAACCAACAAAUGAGACAGCCCCAACCACAGCAACAAAUGAUGGCUCAAAAUAUGGGAGGUCAACCCAUGGGUGUUCAGAAUAUAGGAGGCCAAAGUAUGGGAGGGAUGCAGGCUAUGCAGAGAGGCCAGCCAGCUCUUAGCCCAUAUGGACAGACUAGCCAGGCCACACCCUCCAGUUUAUCAUCAGUUCUGUCCCCUCCUCAAGUGGGAAUGGUUCCCUCUCCCUCCCCUGGGAAUGCCAUGCCUAUCCCCAGCCCAGGCUCCCGUCAGAGUAAUACUGCUCCAUCCCCAGGGGGUGGACUGAACACUCCAGGGAAUCCAAACUCCAUGGGUGCAAGCGCAAGCCCUGCUGCAAGAACGGCAGAAGAUAUUGCUUAUGCAGAGAAACAUAAACAGUUGUCACGGUAUAUUGAGCCACUAAGACGUAUGAUUAGCCGUAUCGACAAAGAUGAAAACAGGAAGAAAGAAUUGAGUAAAAUGAAGCGCCUCCUGGAUGUGCUUAGUGACACAAAGACGCGCAGUGUUCCUAUGUCAACGCUACUCAAAUGUGAGAAUGUCCUCGAGAAGCUAGAGCUUCAAGUUCAAAAAUCGACAGCAGCAACCACGCCUGGUACAACGACCCCAACCACAACUGCGUUAGGAGUAACAGCAGCAGCCACAACAGCUGUAACCACAGCUGCAGAGGCACCCAAGCCAGUGACUCACAUCUGCCAGCCUUUGUUAGAUGCUGUAGCAGCCCAUGCCAGAUCGCCAAUGCUCAAUCACACACUCUAUAGGACUUUUAGUCCAGCCAUACAGGCCUUACAUGGGCCUCCAAUAAGAUGCCCCUCCCCACCUCCAAAGAAGCAAAAGAUUGAACAAGACAGAGAAAAUAAUUUUGUUCCAAAUGUCCUGCAAGGUGAAAUUGCGCGUCUUGACUAUAGAUUCCGAGUGAACCUGCAUCCACUUUGCCAGGCUGGCUGUAAGGAUAUACAGCUAAUCUGUAAACUAGAAGACAAAGAUCUCCCGAGUGUACCCCCUCUCAAUGUAACAGUGCCAGCAGGUUACCCUAAAGUCAGCCCUAUAUGUGACACAAAACAUAAAGAUUAUGAUAUGACAGAAUUCCUGAAAAAUGUCAUGAACAAUUUAACAGCACGACUAGUUCGUUUAGCAGAGAUACAUUCAUUAUCAACAUUACUAGACACGUGGGAAAUGUCAGUGAGAGUUGCUUGCAACAACAAAGAUUAAAGACUAGAGAAAUAUAAAACUUUUGUAGAAAACCUGUGUAAUAAAACCAAACCUAUCGGAACAUUAUUGUUAGGUAAAAGGUUGCUGAAAGGUCUUGAUUUUACUCAUUAAAGCUUCGGACCAAUCAAUGUUCAACUUAUUUACAGUAUACUUCAUUAAAAAAUAUUCUAUUAUGAAACCUGGCUUAACUUGUUCAGUCAGAAAAAUGUAAUUUGUGCAUGCUGAUUUUACCAAGAUCUGAUAAUUGUACAUUCAAAAUUGAUCAAUAAUUGAAAUUAAGUGGAGUUUUUCUCUCUCAAGAAUUGUGAUAAUUUGGGUAGAUAAUGCAACAAUUUGCUUGUCUUUGAAAGUCCAAUAUAGACUUCUUACAACAUGCAUUAUUUACAUAUGCAAUGUGUUUAUACUGUGUAGCCUACAUCUACAUCUAUUAUACAUUUUCAGAAAUGGCUGUCUCUCCUUUUCCACAUCAACAAUGUGUCUCUUGCAAUGGGAAAUGUGCAAUUAUGAAUUCACUAUACAUGUACAAUAUAUCCAUGAAUUCACUAUACAUGUACAAUAUAUCCAUGAAUUCACUGUACAUGUGCAAUAUAUUCAUGAAUUCACUGUAUAUGUGCAAUAUAUUCAUGAACUCACUGUACAUGUGCAAUAUAUUAGUGUUUAUGUACUAAGAAAUAAUUACUGGAGAUUCUAAAUUCCCAUUUGUGUACAAUAAAUACCUGCUCAUGUUCAGUAAGUUGGUGUUCAUGUUCAAUAAAUUACUUGCACGAGAAAUGUUUGGGAUUUAAUUAAGUUUUUGGAUACUAACAUGGAAAUUGAUGAUUCAAAUUAUUUAUAUAUGAAUGGUUUCCACUUGAUAAUUUCUGACAAGAUCCAUGAUGAAGAGCUGAAGAACAUUUUUAUGGUAAAGCCUGUAUAUAGUACUAUUGAACACCUAUGGAGCCACAAAAAGGUGUUCACUUCAGGUAGCUGUUCACUACAGAGAGGGGAUUUAUACAGGUGUCAAUGUAAAAUGUGUCUUGAAGUGGUGUUCACUAAACA